AUGACAAUUGCCUCGAUCAUUGUCCCCAAUUGGAUAGCAUAUGAUGGAAGCACCGACCACGGAACCUCGAUACACUACCGCUAUGGACUCCACCAAAGGUGUUCCAACACAAGCCUCCCACCUUCCAACAUUUCUCUUGCCGUUACCUCCAACUACCACUGCACGCAAUUCCCUCGAUAUGAAGAUUGCCGCGGCGACGACCGAUAUUUUUGCAGCAUGUGGAGGUCUGUCGGUUUCCUCAUGUCCUUCGCAGUCGUGCUGGAGGGCAUGACGCUUGCCGCAUUUGCAGUUUUGCUUGUGGGAGGAAAACAGAAAAGGGAACAAGGUUGGGGUGUGCUUACGAUUCUUGUGGCAUUGGCCGCGUUUGUUCAGGCCAUCGGGAUGGCUUUGAUGGCAUACUUGUACGAAAAUGAUGAGCGAUUUUUCUCCGGCUGGUUCCUCGACAAGAGCUGGACCAUGUGUACGAUAUCGUGGAGCUUUGAGGCAGUAUGUGCCAUUGCGAUAACGUUGGCUGCGGUGACCCUGCCAAGCGAAGGCGGCUACGAACUGAUCCCCGACCACGGCUGA